GUGAAGGCAGCACCGCCUCUCCGGUGAGUCCGCCUCUGAGCCUCCACGGCGGGGCUCCGACCGACCGGCUGACUGGCUGGCUCGCGGCUGCGUGGGGAUCCGGUGUGGGCGCAGCGGAGGAGCCUCCUAUAAAAGGCGGGAUCCCGCAGACGGAGCGUCUCUGCACGCGGCGCCGGAAGCGGCUUCUCUCCUCGCGCCUCACUUGGAGAAUCCCGUCCGAACCUCAGUCAGAGGAAACCUCCGUCUAUGGUUCUGAGCAGCGACCCGGCAAAGAUGUCCCGAACCGACGAAGUGCACCGUAUAACGGAGAACGUGUACAAGUCCAUCAUGGAGCAGUUCAACCCGUGUCUGAGGAACUUCAUCGCCAUGGCCAAGAGCUACGAGAAGGCGCUCAACAGUGUCACAUUCGCGGCAAAGGGCUACUUCGACGCUCUGGUGCGGAUGGGCGAGAUGGCCAGCGAAAGCCAAGGCUCUAAGGAUCUUGAAGAGGCAGCAUGGGACGUGCUCUUUCAGAUGGCUGAGGUGCACCGACAGAUCCAGAUCCAGCUGGAGGAGAUGCUGAAAUCGUUCCACAACGAGCUGCUGACGGAGCUGGAGAAGAAGGUGGAGCUGGAUGCACGCUACCUGAACGCGGCGCUGAAGAAGUACCAGACGGAGCACAAGAGCAAAGGCGAGAGUCUGGAGAAGAGCCAGGCGGAGCUGAAGAAGCUGCGCCGGAAGAGCCAGGGCAGCAAACACCCGUCCAAGUACGGAGACAAGGAGAUGCAGUACGUGGAGGCCAUCAGCAACAAGCAGAGCGAGCUGGAUAACUACAUCGCCGAGGGCUACAAGAACGCCCUGUCUGAGGAGAGGAGGAGGUACUGCUUCCUGGUGGACCGUCAGUGCGCCGUGGCCAAGACCAGCGGCAGCUACCACAGCAAGGGAAAGGAGCUGCUGUCCCAGAAGGUCCCGCUGUGGCAGCAGGCGUGCGCCGAACCCAACAGGCUGCCGGACCGGGCCAUGUUCCUGGCUCAACAGAUGAGCGGCACCAUGCCGGCGGGGGCCCACCACCCCGGCAUUCCCGAUCCCAGCUCCGGCGCCAAGCCCCUGCCGGUCCCGCCGGAGCUGGCCGCUCUCAGGGCGGGCGGCGCCAUGGGGCAGCAGAGGCUGAUGGGAGGUGUGGAUGGGGGGGCGAUGAACGGGGCUGCAGGGGGGGAGGACUACCAGCAGUGGAUGGAGGCCAAGGUGGCGCAGGGCAAGGCCUCGCCGCAGACGCAGCGGCACGGCGCCGAGGUCUACUCCAACACCCUGCCGGUGCGCAAGGUCGCCCCCACCAAGGGCAAGACCCCGCAGAUGGAAACCCGGACGCUGCCGCGCUCCAGCUCCAUGGCCGCGGGUCUGGAGAGGAACGGGAGAACCCGGGUCCAGGCCGUCUUCUCUCACGCCGCCGGAGACAACGGCACGCUGCUGAGCUUCGCGGAGGGCGACAUCGUGACCCUGCUGGUGCCCGAAGCCCGCGACGGCUGGCACUACGGCGAGAACGAGAAGACCAGGAUGCGCGGCUGGUUCCCCUUCUCCUACACCCGCCUGAUCUCUGAGGCCGACGGGGACGCCAUGAAGCAACUUCGAGUGCACAACCUCCACCACGGCAAGAGCAGCAGCACCGGGAACCUUCUAGAGCGAGAAGACGUGCCUCUCCCCAGCCCGGAUUACGGCCUCCACCCUCGUCUGGCUGCACAGAGCACCGCCACGCUGCACAGCAGACCGCAGCGCCCCUACAGCAUGGCGGGGCCGGGCUUCUCACAGCAGGGGGCAGAAGAGUACGAGCCACGCUUCCCAACAAGCUCCACAGAGGGAAAGUUGAUCUCCACAGUGUGAGGACAGACUAACACCUUCAGCGUGAUAGGACACCCCCCACCCCGCCACCCCCCUGCUUAUGGCAAUAACAUCACCUCCAGCUGAUCAGUGCAUCCUUCCACCUCCUCCCUCACUGCUGCCCUCUGCUGGUAACCUCUGAAGAUUCUGUGAACAUUCAUCUGAACUAACAGGGCUGGGGGGGGUCUUUCACGCAUGUUCACUUCUUCUGGAGGUCAAAGAUCUCGCCUGAUUCUCUCGAACGUCAACGGGAAUCGAGACGUAAAAACACACUGAUCCCUUGGAGGAUUUUUGGACUGAACGGACCUGUUGAUGCUGUGAGGUUCUGAUCUCUGAGCGGAGGGGCUGCGACUGUCUCCAUGUGAAUGUUUACUGUACAUAUGUGUUCUGCAGAAUCUAUAUGACCGGAUCUUUAAGUCACGGAUGUUCAGACUGAAGACGUCUGAAACGCCUUCAGACUCGAAUGUUCAUUAAAAAGAGUGUAUCGCUUGUGCACGAAAGACGAAGCUCAGUUCUGCUGAAGGUGCACAAAGGUCAGCACCACCCUCCCCUUCACACCCCACAUCACAUUCAUGGACCCUUCAUUCAGCUGUUACUGUCAGCCAUCAGCAUUCUCCCACAAAAAACUAACUAUUCAAACCUAAUAGUUGGUGUAAGCCCUCGUACUGAGCAUGCUCAGUGGAGAGGAACCUCUGCUAUAACAGGAAGGAGAUCAUCUGUCUCAGAUGUUUGAGUCAAAGAACCUUAAGAAGAAAGUUAACCGCAGUCACGUCUCUAAAAACGUCCUCUCUUUAAGCUGCUUCAGUUUCCAAGCUGAAAUCCGGCCUUUAGCUCCGCCCCUAGCUCCUCCUCCAGACGCCCCUGUGUGCUUCCAGACCUGCAGCCUAUGAUGAGCUAAAGGAGCUCAGAUGUUGUAGAUCUGCUGUAGAUCCGAAAAGAUGAAAUAAUGGCAGCUUCAGACUUUCUGCAGCGCUCCCCGCAGCCUCUAGGGGGCGACAGUUUGCUCUUUAUAGUUCAUGCAGCCUUAAGAGAUUUUCUGUGCAGAUUUAAUUUAAAAACCAGCUUAAAAAAGUAUUCUCCUGACUGAAGAUGCUGUUUCCGUCUUACUUUGACUGAAACGGCGAGCAGCUUCACCACUUCCUGCUCCGCAGAGACCUUCUUACGUCUGAUCAGAUGCUUUUACACACUGACAAAGAUCACUCCGAUUUGGUUCCUGAGUGUUCUUCAUUCCACAUCUUCCUCUCCCGUCUGCCUGCUGCCUCUCCUCUUCCUCGUCUCCGUCCCUCUGGAUCUGACCCUCCUCGUCUCCCUCAGCUUUGCCAACCCGCCCUUUUGUUCUUCCUCUUCUGUCUUAAUGGUUUUAGAGACAAAAGUCGAGUGAAAACGGCGGGAAGCUGCCAGUGUUUCUUCUUUCUUCACUAAAACACUCUGAGGUUCGGCAUCACCGAAGCCACGCCCACCGUCUGCGGCCGCUGAGCUUUAGCUGGAGGGUUCCGUGUAAAAAGUGAAGGAUGUGCAUGACGGGUUGAUGGAUGACCUCAAAUGUAUGAAGAGUUUUUACAUCAAAUAUCAAAUAAAUUUAUUCAAAUGGA